AUGAGCAGCAUAGGCACCGGCUAUGAUCUAUCGGUGACCACAUUCUCGCCGGACGGCCGCGUUUUCCAGAUCGAAUACGCGGCGAAAGCCGUCGACAACAGCGGCACCGUGGUCGGCAUCAGAUGCAAGGACGGGGUUGUUAUGGGAGUGGAAAAGCUGAUUGCUUCGAAGAUGAUGCUGCCCGGUUCCAACAGACGAAUCCACUCCGUCCAUCGGCACUCUGGAAUGGUAUCAUCUCUUUCCUCGUCCGUACUUUGCUUUUUGUGA